AUUCUACUUCUUGUCAAUUCCCCGUCUUUGAUUUCGCUGUAAUUUCCACUUUCCAUGUCUGUUCUUGUUUCAAUUUCGACUUUUUAGGGUUCUAUUCGCAUUGUGUUGUUGUUCAUUGCCUUCAAUUUCGUUCAAGAUUGCGUCUUGCACCCAUUAUUUCUUUCUUUCGUUGGUCGUUCUUAAAAGGGUUGUUGCAAUUUCGUCUUGAAUUGCUUGAAACGCUUCCCUUAUGUUGAGAAAUUAUGUUUUGGGGCUUUGGAUCACAGAAUUGGUUGAUUGUUGUGAAGAACAUCUAGCAGUUUGAUACACGUUCGAUUUUUUUUUUUAUUUCAAUUUUUUCAUCAUGAAGGGAUUGUUGUUGACUUUGUGACCAUAGCUGCAAAGGCGUCUCCCUAGUGUUAUCUAACAAGAAAGGGUGGUUUUUUAAAUUUUGAAUAGAAGAAGGAUUGUGGUUUCUGGAAGUGUUGUGUUAUAAGCUCAUUGACUCGGAAGAAGUCAAAUACUCUUGUAGGAUUGAGGUGAAGUAGUGAAAGACUCUUUGCUUUGUGCCUGUUGACAAACAUGUGUUUCUAAUUAUCCCUGUGAGAAGAUACUGUUCAUCCACCAAAUUCAUGAAGUUGUAAUCAGUGGGUGAAAUAUGGAUGAGCCAAAAAUGACAGUGGGCUUUAAGCAAGUUCUGUUGUUGUCUCUACUCUCCUUGCUGUUCUGUGGUCGUGCUACAGCAGAGUUUGAACGUUCAAAUUCACAAAAGCAUAUAUCUGCUCCAGAUAGAAAUGUAGGAAUAAAGGUUAUAGAUGGCUCUGGUACAGAGAACUUGUAUGGUUUUGAGGAUGGUAACUACUUACUGAAUGAGAGAAAAGGAGGGAGCAGAGUUUCAGUAUCAACUGUUGCAGUAUUUACAUUGGCCAUGGCUGCUGCCACUGGUUUAGGCGCUGUUCCAUUCUUCUUUGUGGAACUUGAUCCGCAGUGGGCUGGUUUAUGCAAUGGAAUGGCUUCUGGGGUGAUGUUGGCUGCUAGCUUUGAUCUCAUACAAGAAGGGCAGGAGCAUGGUGCUAGCAAUUGGGUUGUAAUUGGGAUUUUAGCUGGUGGAAUUUUUAUUUGGCUUUGUAAGAAGUUUCUUGAACAAUAUGGAGAAGUGAGUAUGUUAGAUAUAAAAGGUGCAGAUGCAACUAAAGUUGUUCUCGUAAUUGGGAUAAUGACUCUUCAUUCAUUUGGUGAGGGCUCUGGUGUUGGCGUUUCUUUUGCGGGGUCAAAGGGUUUCUCUCAAGGUCUUUUGGUGACGCUAGCUAUCGCCGUGCAUAACAUACCUGAGGGAUUAGCUGUAAGCAUGGUGCUUGCAUCAAGGGGUGUCUCUCCACAGAAUGCCUUGUUAUGGAGUGUGAUUACAUCAUUACCUCAGCCUAUUGUAGCAGUCCCCUCGUUCAUAUGUGCUGAUGCAUUUAAUAAGUUCCUUCCCUUUUGUACGGGAUUUGCAGCUGGAUGUAUGAUAUGGAUGGUGGUCGCCGAGGUCCUCCCAGAUGCAUUUAAGGAAGCCUCUCCAUCACAGGUUGCAUCUGCAGCCACACUUUCUGUGGCUUUUAUGGAAGCUCUAAGCACAUUGUUUCAAAGUUUCACCCAUGAAUACAACUCGGAAGAUGUUUCUGGCUUCUUCGUUUCCUUACUUUUUGGCGUUGGGCCUCUGCUUGGUGGCCUUGUUCUAGUUGCAUUUGCUCUUGCUUUCCAUCUUCAGCAUGCCCUGCUCAUGGGUGCUGCUUCUGGAAUUGCUUUCAUCCUCGGUGCCUGGCGACCAUUACAGCUACUCUUUUCUUCAAAAAUGGAUUUUAUCCCUCUCGUCUCGCUUCUAACGUUAGGAGCUGCAUUCAUUCACUUCUCGAAUUCCAGUCUUUUGAAGCUUGCUGGCCAGAAAAGAGCUUCAGCAAAUGAUUUACCCGCUGCAGCCAAUUUUCCAAUAAGUGUGCACACCCUUCAAUCUUUCCUAUCAUGUGGAGCCGUUGCAUUUCAUGCUUUAGCUGAAGGGUUAGCACUAGGAGUUGCUGCACCGAAAGCUUACGGAUUCGGUCGUCACAUGGUUCUCCCUGUUUCUCUACACGGCCUCCCUCGGGGCGCAGCAGUUGCUAGUUGUAUAUUUGGGGCAACCGAUAGCUGGCACGGCUCCCUCAUGAGCGCUGCCCUAAUUGGGUUCGUGGGUCCGAUCUCUGCCAUCGGAGCAAUACUCGCAGGUAUCGACUACAGUGGUUUAGAUCACGUGAUGGUGGUGGCCUGCGGAGGGUUACUUCCAAGCUUCGGAAGUAUAAUCAAGAGAGCAAUGCAUUUGGAUACACAGAAAAGUAGCAGUGGACUUGUGAUAGGUUUGGGGUUUGCCAUCUUGUGUUUGAUGUGCACCAAGUUGGUCUGCUUGCACACACCUUACUGCAAUUCUGCACCCGAGGCUGUUAGAUGAUGAACGGUAGCACUCGUCUUUGUAAUUAUUUUGACAGGUCGUCUGCCGCGUGUUGCUCGCAAUGGGACGGGAUACUUUUCGGGAGGUUGCAGAAGUGAAUGAAAAGCACAUACCUCAGGUAAGAAAGCAAACUCAUGUCUGUGCUUUGCAAGAAAAGAGGGAGAGGGGCAAUUCUAAUUUCUAAAUGUGCAUGUUUUUACAUUCUUCUUCUAUACGAUAGGGAGGGAGGGAGGGGAUUUUAUUUAUGUUAUUAAUGAUACCUUAGAAGAAAUUGUGGAGAUUGGUUUAGGCUGAGUUUUAAAUGAUAAAACAAACUGCUCUUUUAUGACAAUCAUUUACAUUUUUAUGUGACUAUUAUACCAUAUAAUAUACAUGGCUUGGUAUGUAAAAGAAUUUAA